AUGGGGGGGCCAAGCAAGCAGUUCUCGUGGACGCAUUUCUUCCCACCCAAGCCCCAGUAUACCGACCAGAACAUACCCAAGAACCUGGAGGGCAAGGUCUAUGUUGUGACGGGCGCCAACAGUGGCAUGGGCGAGGCGCUGGCCCAGGUCCUUUAUGCCAGGGGUGCCAAGGUCUACGCUGCGUGCCGUUCCGAGAAGAAGGGCACCGAGGCCAUCGCCAAAAUCAAGAAAGCUGAACCCAAGGCCCGAGGCGACUUGAUAUUUCUGCAUCUGGAUCUAGCUGAUCUAUCCAACGUCCAAGUUGCAGCCAAAAGUUUUUUGUUGUCGGAGAGCAAGCUUCAUGUUCUUUUCAAUAAUGCGGGAGUCAUGACGGGGCCCAAGACAUCUCCAACAACAACCGCACAAGGACACGAGUUGGCCUUGGGUGUUAACUGCGUUGGCACUUUUCUCUUCACAAAAAAAUUGACUCCAGCACUGGUGGCAGCUGCAAAGGAGGAGCCUGCUGGCAGCAAUGCAGUCCGUGUCGUCUGGCUCUCUUCGUUUGGUUUAGAGACAUUUGCCCCCGAAGGACAAGGCAUUGAUCUUCACAACCUCGACUACCAUAUACCCAGAGAGCCUAUUGAUCGCUACGGUAUUAGCAAGGCCGCAACCUGGCUGUUAGCUGUCGAGUACGCCCGGCGCCACAAGGCCGACGGCAUCGUUAGUGCUGCUAUUAACCCAGGCAACAUCAAAACCGAGCUUGCGAGGGACCAAGGCGCGGCUUUGAAGCUGAUCGCCGGUGCAAUCGUUUACCCUGUGAUGAACGGGGUAUAUACUCAGCUAUAUGCGGGCUUCUCACCUGAAGUAACCAACGAGAAAGUGGACUGGACCAAAGAAUGGAUCAUCCCCUGGGGACGAGUUGCCCCAAUCCGACCCGACCUCCCAAAGGCAACGCUUCCUGCUGAUGAAGGCGGCAAUGGUAACGCGCAGCAAUUCUGGGAGUGGAGCGAACAGCAAGUUAAGGAUUUCUUGUGA